AUGUCGGUUGGAUGUUGUGGACCCGGAUUAUAUGAUUCACGUGAAUUCUUAUACGAGCCCACUCAUACAUCCAACAAAUUUUACUUCAAUCGCGGCAACUCCAGCUGCUGCUUUAGCAGUUUAUUUUCAACCUCUCAAGAUUGUUUAUUAUCAUGUAUUAAAAAUUUUAAGUGCGACAGCGAGUUCUCCAGUCCAGUUUACGAUUCCAAUCUGUAUGGUAUCAGCAGCUGCAACUGUUGCAAUUGUCAUUACGAAUGCAACUGCGGUUAUAACUGCGGUUAUAACGGAAGAUCGUGUGGUUGUUGCACUAACUUUGGGGGCUACGAUGGGCCCUGCUACUUUUCUGCGAUUCAUAACUCUGAGAUUCCUUUUUCGUUUGGUUCUAACGAUUUGAAUAAUCGUUCUAUGAGCGGUCCGUAUGUCAGUAACUUCAAUUACGCCUACUGCCAGUUUCUCCCAAUCAAUUCCAUUCCGCAAAUCGACCGAUCCAAAAAUUUCCACAACGACAUAUCAGUAACUGAAAUGAAGAAACGGGAGUGCAACCGCUACCAACCUCCCAACAACCAUUAUCAGCCUUUCAAACCAAAAUGCUUCUCAUUCAAGUUUGAGAAAGCAAAUGAAGAGAAUGGAGGGAAGCGGAAUAGCAAGAGCGGUUCCAAGUCACCCAAUGACGUGCCUCUAACUUACGAUGAAGAAGAUAAAAGAAAAUCCAGAAGUUCUCCGUUAGAAUUUUUUUUAAAUUUUCAGUUACACGAUCAACUUUUAUCUAACGAUUUUUUUCAAUUUUUUGAUAGAAAACAAACAGACAAAAAAGUCGUUAAACCGUCAAAAAAUGAUAAAAAGGAGAAAAAAGCAGAAAAAAAGGAGCAAAAACAAGAUGGCAGAAAGGGUAGCAAAGACAAAAAAACAAAAAAAAAAGCGGAAAAUAAAAAGAAACCACCAAAGAAAAAAUAA